AACUGAAAGAUUUACAUUGUUGAACAGAUCGCAGACGCCAUUACGUUACAGCGCGAAAUCUCUACUGAAAAACACACACUCGGAGGAUUCAACGGAGAAAGUUGAAGGGACUGUAACUUGGUGAGUCUGCGACUUGAAGAAUAUUUAGAAAUCUGAGAAAAUGGCUGAAAGAGCUCUUUUGGAAAGUUUCCUGAGUUGCCAUGUGUGUUCAGAGACUUUCAGAGAUCCUGUGUCUCUGACCUGCAACCACAGCUUCUGUUCAAGCUGUCUGCAAAAAUUCUGGGAACAAGCUGAAAACAAAAACUGUCCCAUUUGUAAAAGAAAAUCCUCAAAGGAUUAUCCAUCCAUCAACCUUUCUCUCAAAGACCUGGCUGACUCCUUUGCUAAGAGGCAGAAUAAUGAUUCAUCUGAGACGGAGAAAGAAAAGGAGAAAGAGGAGGUGGUGUGUGAUAAACAUCCAGAAGUCCCUUAUUGGUUCUGUGAGGAUGAACAGAGAGUUGUGUGUCCUGUCUGUGAGUUUUCUCUCCACCAGAGUCACAAGGUGGUUCCUGUAGAACAAGCAGUCAGUGACCUGAAGGACCAGCUGAAAUCUGACUUAGAGUCUCUACAGGACAAGAGGAACAAAUACGAAGAAGUGGAGAAAACAUACAAUGAAAUGGUUGAACACUCCAAGAAGCAGCUGUUGUCCACAGAGAAGCAGAUCAGAGCAGAGUUCAACAAGCUCCACCAGUUCCUGAAAGAGGAAGAGGAGUCCAGACUGGCAGCUCUGAGGGAGGAAGAGGAGCAGAAGGGGAAGACUAUCAGCAGAGAGAUGAAGAGGAUUCAGGAGCAGAUCUCCUCUCUGUCAGACAGUAUCUCUGCUGUUGAAGAAGACCUGCAGAAACACAAGGUGUCAUUCCUCAGCAGUUAUAAACCCACUCAGACCAGAGCCAGAGACCAGUGCUCACUGUCAGAUCCACAGCUGGUCUCAGGAGUGCUGAUAGAUGUGGCCAAACACCUGGGCAACCUGUCCUUCAGAGUCUGGGAGAAGAUGAAGGAGAAGGUCCACUUCAGUCCUGUCAUUCUGGACCCAAACACUGCAAACCCCCGUCUCUAUCUGUCUGAUGAUCUGACCAGUGUGAGACGUGGAGACACAAACCAGCAGCUCCCUGAUAAUCCAGAGAGAAACACUGAGUAUCCCACUGUUCUGGGCUCUGAGGGCUUCAGCUCAGGGAAACUCAGCUGGGAGGUGGAGGUGGGAGACCAUCCUGGAUGGAAUGUGGGUUUGGCUAAAGAGUCAGUUGACAGGAAGGGAGAGCGAUUUGCUUCACCAGAAUAUGGAAUCUGGUGUUUACUGCAUGACAGUGGAAAAUACACUGAUGGAGAUGGUGAGACUGUCAGUGUGAAGAAGAGUCUCCAGAGGAUCAGAGUCCAGCUGGACUAUGACAGGGGGGAGGUGUCCUUCUACGACCCUGAAGACAUGACUCACAUCUGCACUCACAGAGACACUUUCACUGAGAAACUCUUCCCUUAUGUCAGUAUGGGAGAGGCUGGUGAUGAUAAAACCACUGAUAUCAAAAUCUGUUAAACUGAGAUUUCUCUGUUCAGGAAGGUUUGUGAGAUGUGAUUUAUUAGGAUUUGAUGGAAUAAUUAGAUCUACAAAUUUAUUUUUGUCAAUAGUAGUUAGUUCUCUAUAGGUAAAAGUCAAGAAUUCAACAUUUACUUUUGAUAUUGUAAUUUUUAAGUUUUUAAAGUAAGUCAGUUAAACUUUCUCAAAAUGCAUUCAGACUUUUUAUGUUUUCUUUUUAAAAGAAAAAAAACAUGUUGAUUGUGCAGAAUGGGCCAAACAGCAAAUGCUGAUGUAAUAAUUCACCUCUUCUUUAUUUACCAUGUGUAUCUACUGAUUGUUAAACCUUUUCUAUAUAUUCAUUCAGUUUUAUCCAUAAGAAACAACUGAAUCUCUUCCUGAUUUUUGAUACUUUAACACGAGAAAAUUUUGCUAAAAUGAAUGUUAGACAGUUUUUCAUUUCUUUCUUCAAAAAGAUCAUGUAGAUCACAGCAAAAAUGAUUGAUCUUCAUUCCUAAUAAUAUGUAUUCAGAAGACUGACUGCAAAGCCCUGACCCUCAUGUUGAACUCUGGAUUUUAAAGGUUGUUAGUAGUGAUCACCUUUAUCUUUCUGUUUCAGCAUUUAUUUCUUAAUUCUUGAACAUUUAUAAAGUUGGAGCUGCUGUUUGUUCUUGUGUGUUUAUAUUAAUCAUCACUUCACAUUUCAGAUGUGAAACACAUCAGCAUAUGUGAGUCUGUGCUGAAUGAAUGUCAGGAUUUACGCUGAUUAACUGUGUCUUUGAUUAUGAUUUAUUCAAAAAGUUAUAUGUUUUCUAUCAGGUGAACAAAUGUCCUGAUCAAAACAAGAGUUAAAUGAUUUCCUGGGUUACUUCUGUCAAUAAAAAUCAAAAUCAAA